AUGUUGGUCUUCUCUUCUUUUGGAAGAAUUAAUUCGACUUUCUGCUCCUUUUUACGAUGUGAUGCCUUUUUCUUUGGAAUUUUCUUGCGUUUUUUAGAAAUUGGAGGGGAAGAAGGUGAUUUAGAAAUUUCAGAAUCAAAUUUGACUUCUCUAACUUUAGGUGAUAAAAUAGACGAAGAUUCACUAAGAAAUGAAGUUAUUUCAGAAGAUUCAAGUGGAUGUAUUUGCGAUUCUGAGUUUCCACGCUUGCCUUUUGUUGGUGUUUGUAACAAACUAGAUUUUCUGUUGGAUAAUAGUUUAUUAUUGGCAGUGUCAUCUGUAGAUAAACCACGAGGUCUAACAUUAAACUUUUUCUCUUUACGAGGAGAGAUACUUCUUGUUUUUGUAGGAGAACG